AUGGGUUGGGGGAGGACACGUGGCGAGCUCAUCCACCUCUACGACCACGAUCCUGUGCUGCUCCAGCGGUGUAAGCUAAUUAUGGAUCUGGGGCCUAGUGACUAUAGUGAUCCAACUACUGCGGAUCUUAGCGUUAUGUUCAGCGAGUUCAAUCCUUCAGAGGUAGAUGAUGCAACCGAUAAUGGAACUCGUCUUGGGAUUGGCGGAUAUGGCAGUGUCUACAAGGCAGAACUUCGGAAAACAAUUGUUGCCAUAAAGGCUAACGAUUACAGGAGUAAGCAAGGAAGGCGGGAGUUCGAUCAAGAGGUUGAGAUCCUCAGACAUGUCAGACAUGAAAACCUGGUAAAACUCAUCGGAGUGUGCAGCAUGAGGCUCGCCCUAAUUUAUGAAUUUUUACCCAAUGGCACCCUUGAACAUCGCCUCGCUGGUGGGGAAAUGUUCUCAUGGGUGGAAAGAAUCCGAGUAGCCAUGAGCAUAUGUUCUGCUCUCGAGUUUCUCCACAAUGUCAGGCCUGCUCCAAUUGCUCAUGGUGAUCUUAAACCAGGCAACAUACUUUUCGACGAAAGAUACGUAUGCAAGCUCGGCGACUUUGGAAUUUCCCGUCCCUUGAAAUAUAGAAGCGAUACAGCAACGCCGGGCCAUACUACUAAGGAGGGGAAGGGUACCAGGUACUACAUUGACCCUGAGUUCAUCAGGAGUGGCAGAUUGACCCCUCGAUCAGAUGUGUACGCUUUCGGUAUCAUAAUGCUGCAGUUGGUCACCGGUCGAGAUCCACCAGAAAAUCUAAGAACUCAAGUAGAAGAAAAUCUAAGCGAACAUCUUGUGGAUACAAGACUGAACUUGGAUGAUAAGUCAAGACUAGACGCCAUGGAAAUGACAACAGGAGAGAGCGUCCCGACCUUGCAACUGAAGUGCGUCCGGUGCUUGAAUCCAUGA